AUGGCAGACGACUACGGACUAGGGCUCGACUCAUCUGCUACAUACAAGUUUGAGGCCGAGAGAUUUCAAUCUGAUAAUGCAUUCAAAUGCAAAGUGAUGUCUCAUCAUCUUCUUUUAUUGGAUCGAGAAGAUGAUCAUGUUCAAAAGACUGGAGUGGUGGGUCAGCAGAAGGCUUACACAACAGAGCUUGCUAGGAAUUCUGGCCGCGAUAUUUCAGUAGUCUCUACAUACAUACAUGAACGCGAUGGUACCAGGCUUUUCUUCAAUCAAGCCGAGGUUCGCGAGACAAAGCCUGUCAAAUUAAACGCCGGUUUUCUCUACUUUGUGAAGAAAAUUAAUUUUCCACCUCACCAGGGCAUAGUUGAUAUGCUUUACAGCAAUCCAGAAACGGAGUAA